AUGCCUUGGGUUUUCCCCCACUCAGUCACUUCUGCUCCUCACUCCACCCCGAACCCAAACCCUACCAAUCUCUCCCUUCCUUCUCUCCCCGCGCGCGCACUCCUAGCCGCGGCGCCCCGCCGCCGCCUCCGCCACGCUCGCUCCGCCCAGAACUCACCCUCCCUGCCCCGCCCCGCCCCAGCCGCGGCCCGCUCGGCAUCGGCGUGUCCAUGCCACGCCCUGCCCGGCGUCACUCCGCCCCACUCUGGCCGGCCGUCGGCCACUAGAUCUGGACCGUUCGAGAAGCCCAGGGCCGUGGUCAAGAAGGUCCUCACCGAGUCGCAGCCCGAGGGGCAGAGCGCCACCGUCCGCAGGAGCAUCGGCAGGCAUGAACUCCGGAACCUGGAUCUCUUCCUCAUGCUCGACUCGCAAGAAAGAAAUGCUAUGUAAUCCAUUAUCUUAUUUCGGUUUGCAUUUCACUGAUUCAGCCUCACUUGCUUCUGGGCUAAUUUAAUAUUUUGGUUUGUUAGAUCGACUACAUGAAAAUGAUAUCUAUCAGGGUCAGUUUCGGCCAGAAAGAGACAUAUUUAUAGAAAAAAAAUCUCGCUCAACUCUAAUUUGUCUGAUCUAGCUGGGAUACUAUGGUAGUAGUAGUAGUAGUAGCUGAAUAGCAGUGUAGUUAAAUUACUCAAUAAUCUCAGUCUCAAUUUUAAUUAUGAGCUCUCAAUAAUCGAAUAUAGGCUGGUAUAUUAUUUGAUAUUAUGUGAAAUUAGAUUCCUGAUCUGAGUUUUUGUUUCUCAUGCGUUUGCCGAUUGGACUAUUUGGAGAGCCAUUUAAUUCCAUUGA